AUGGCACAGUGGAAGAAAACGCGGGAUAUGUCUUGUUGCACUGACCCAACUGUGACCUCCACAGCUGGGCCGAACAUGGCUCAGCGGGCGACAGUGUUUCAUGAUAGCUUGACCCGUUUCGUCCUUCCUCUUUGUUCGGCUAUGGAUGACCGGCCAAAUCCGUUGACGCCUGUCAGCAAUGCAGUGUAUAUCGUAGACGCAUCUGUGGUUUCAGUUAAGCAAGCCUGGAAUCUGAAAGAUUUUGCGCAGGAGGUCAGCUGGAUAUUGAUGACAUGUUACCCAGAGACUAUUGAGCGUAUCUUUGUAUAUCGACAAGGAGAAUAUUCCGACUAA